GCUGUGGUGAGAAGGAAGGGGAACGUUGUUGCCGUUGCUGCCUCCUCUCUUCUCGCCUUCUUCCCUCUUCGCCCUCCCGGCGGGGGCUCCAUGGCGAUGAACUACAGCGCGAAAGAGGAGGCAGACGGGCACCAGGUGGUGGCCGCGAGUAGCAGCGGCGCGACCAGCGCCGGAGGAGGGGGGCUGUCUGGGGGCAACAGCGUGGGCGGGGGAGCCGUCAAGAGCCGCAAACCUGACAACACGGCCUUUAAGCAGCAGCGGCUGCCGGCUUGGCAGCCCAUCCUCACCGCCGGCACCGUCCUGCCCGCCUUCUUCGUCAUCGGCCUCAUCUUCAUCCCCAUCGGCAUCGGCAUCUUCGUCACCUCCAACAACAUCCGAGAGUACGAGAUUGAUUAUACAGGAACAGAGCCAGGUAGUCCUUGUAAUAAGUGCUUAAAUGUGUCCUGGAACAGUACUCCUUGCCAUUGCAUCAUUAACUUCACAUUGGAUCAACCUUUUGAGAGCAAUGUAUUUAUGUAUUAUGGACUGUCAAACUUCUAUCAGAAUCAUCGCCGCUAUGUGAAGUCUCGGGAUGAUAGCCAGCUAAACGGCAAUAAUAAUUCUUUAUUUAACCCCAGUAAGGAAUGUGAGCCUUACCGCACCAGUGAGGACAAUAAGCCCAUUGCUCCUUGUGGAGCUAUUGCCAACAGCAUGUUCAAUGAUACAUUAACAUUAUAUCAUAUUGAUCAAAAUGGAACACAUCUUAUUAAGCUGAAUAAAAAGGGUAUUGCUUGGUGGACCGACAAAUACGUGAAGUUUAGGAAUCCUGUUGGAGAUGAUGAUAACUUAACAGUACUUUUUCAUGGCACAGCAAAGCCUGUCAACUGGCGCAAACCAGUGUAUCAGUUGGAUUCAGACCCAGACAACAAUGGGUUCAUCAAUGAAGACUUCAUUGUGUGGAUGCGUACGGCAGCAUUGCCUACAUUUCGUAAGCUGUAUCGCCUCAUAGAGAGGAAGAACAGCUUGCUCCCUACUCUGCCUGCUGGAAAGUAUUCCUUAGAUAUAACAUACAAUUAUCCCGUGCAUAGCUUUGAUGGACGAAAACGGAUGAUUUUGAGCACAAUUUCAUGGAUGGGCGGCAAGAAUCCAUUUCUGGGAAUUGCCUACAUAACUGUUGGCUCCAUUUGCUUUUUUCUUGGAGUAGUGCUGCUAAUCAUUCAUCACAAAUAUGGAAAUCGGAACAAUAGUGCAGAUAUUCCCAAUUAAUCCCACCCUUCCAAAUCACAUGUACUGCAUGUGCAUCAAGGCCAGUCCAGAGUGGAUAUAGCUUUGAAAGCUUUAUCCCUGGUUGAAUGUUGCUUCUGACAUUGAACACAAGUAUUUCUUAAGCCUUUGUUUCCUUUACAGUGGAUUAACUUGAAGAUAACGGGUAUAAAAAUUAGCUGUAGCAAACUGUGCUGAUGACAAAGGAUUUUGGAGGUUUGCUUCUGACUGGACAGGUGCCAUGAUGCAUAUAUAGUCUCUUUUCACCUAGAGGAUCUGCUGCUUGUUGUGUGCUUUGUAAUAUGUCAAUACUGUGUAUAGGCUCUGCGGAGAGUGUGUGGUUGGUAUAGAGUAACUUGUUAAUAUUUUGAGGAGUCAAGGUAUGUCGGUGUUGCUUGAAGGAAAAGGGACCUCUCUAGUGUUCUGUCACACAACGCAUUAUGUGCAUGGGCUUUAUGUUCCCUGCUGAAAUGUUUACUAUAUUAAUCUUGUACAAUUUACUCUGUAUUGAGCCCAACUUCUGCUUGCAAAGUUCACAGUGUGUUCCAACAAGUAUGCCUGGCAUGUAAAGAAAUGUGACAAAAGCAUAUUUGUUGACCAUUAAUUUUAAAAACAGCUUUCCACAUGGAAUUAAUUGCAACAUUUAAAAAUUUUGCUUCAGUUUCGACAUGCAGUUCUGUCUUACGCACUUUGUGUAGUCUGAGCCUCUUAGCAUGCCUUCAGAAGAGAUUCUUUUUCCAGGUUAGGAAUGACAAGAGUGUCAGUACAGAAGCUUCAUUUCCUCAGGUUAGAAGCAGUGCUUUUAAGAAUACAUCAUAACCGUCUGCAUAUCCUUAAUUGGGAGGAAACCGUACUUCUACCCCAGAAGAUGUUUUCUCUCUUCUGAUCAAAUACACAAGAUCAUGAAAUGUAAAAACGUGAAAAGAACCCGGCUGGAUCAGACCAGUGGCCUAUCUAGUCCAGCAUCCUGUCUCACAUAAUGGCCAACCAGUUGACUCUGGAGGGCGAACAGCAUGGCAUAGAGGCCAAGGCCUUCUCCUGAUGUUGCCUCUUGGCACUGGUAGUCAGAGUUUACUGCCUCUGAAUGUGGAGCUUCCCUUUAGUGAUCAUGGCUAGUAACCACGGACAGACCUGUUCUCCAUGAAUCCUUUAAAGCCCUCUGUGCCUGUGGCCAUCACUAGAUCCUCUGGCAGCGACUUCCACAUCUUAAUCACUCAUUGUGUAAAGAAUAUUUCCUUUUGUCUGUCCUGAGCCUACUGCCCAUCAGCUUAAUGUUUGCCAUGAAACAUCUUAAAGUUGCAAUGGUAGUAUAAAUGAGGAAUUUCACCUCCUGCACAUUUUCAGUCAAGCCUGUCUCAACUGUAAGAACCCAUUCCAGUGAUUUUAAAUUAUACAUAUUGCAUCGCUCUGUAUAUGAGGUUAUAAGUGAAACUGGUUUGUUAAUCUGAAUAUUCCCUAUUGAAUAAAUGCUGCCAUUUGUUUAUGAAAUUAGAUGAUUGGCAAAAAUAUGUCUUCUCAAGCAGCUCAGUUUUAUGGCAGAAGUCAAGAAGAUUGCACUGGGAAAGGGUCCAUACAAAAGACCUCUAAAUAAACUGUAGUCCAGUGAAGCCUUGGAUCCUGGAAGUCUGUGCAGCGUCAUGUAUUAUAUAAUCUUUUGGGAACUGGUGAAAUACUGCCAAAAUCAAUAUGGAAACAAUUCCAUAUAAGAAGCUUCAAAGCUAUAAAACCUAGCUGGUGGAGUAGAAUGAUAUACAAAGUGCUGUAUCUAACUUUUCACAGCCCAUCUCUGUGCAGCUCACUUGCAGAAUUUGCUGUCAUAGGCAAAUGGUAAGCCAGUAUUACUAAGUUAAAAGUUACAUUCUUUAUGACAUUCGAGUGAAUAUAUCUCAUUUUCGUCAGGGAAUGCAUACUAAUUACAGGUUAGUAAUUAGUAUAAUUGUCAGAUGCUAAGAGAAUAAAUGAAGUGUUCUGCUGCACAGUUUUAGUAUUAAGUGACUAAACAUGAAGCACUUGAACUUUAUUUUUAACAUUCAUACCCCACCUCUUUAUAUAAAUGCUUAGCAGCUCACAACAUAAUAACACUAAAACAUCAAACAUGAUAAAACAUGGUAAAACAUGGUAAAAAAAGUAAAAAUGGAAAUGGCAGCACAAACAGGAUAAAAGAUACACAGUUAAAACAAUAAGAUUAAAAUUUAGGGCAGCUGUCUUUAAAAGGCCUAACUGCAGCAUAGCAGAGACCUGAGAAGUCCUCUUAAAAAUCAGUGCCAUAAAAACAAGAGAGCUAAUAUAACUUCACAAAUGGGAUUGAGUUCUUAAAAGGCUUGCGAAAAUAAAACUUUUCUUUGUAUCUGAACUAUUGUAAGUUCACUCCUAGUCAAGCUUUUGUGAGGAGGAAAUUUUCACAUCUUUGCAUCACUAUUGAAAAGCCUUUUGUGUGCUGACUCCCACCAACUUCUAAUAAUGGGGGCACACAAAAUAAGGCCUGUGGAGAUAAUUUCAAUUGUUGGAAAAGUCAUACAGUAGAGAUGAGCACGAACUGGAAAAAAAACUGAACUGUGUGGUUCGUCACAUUUCACAAACCACAAACUUUCAUGAACCUACCCUGAUUCGUGAACUGGUUCAUUUGGUUCGUGAAAACUUCAAAUGGUCACUUCUGGGUUAGCAGAAGGUCACUUCCAGGCCAGCAGAAGGCCACUUAUGGGUCAUCAGAAGGUCUGCAGAUAGUCCAUCCCCUGUUGCCUAGGAAACGGAUUGAUUGGCGCCAGGUUGUCUACAGUGACAAAGCAAAAGCGAACCAAACAAACCAGUCUCGUGGUUCGUGGUGGUUUGUCAGAAAUGGGCUCUGACGAUCCAGCACGGUUUGUCACAAACUUUGGUUUGUAUUUCGGUUCAUGCCCAUCUCUGUCAUACAGGCAAGGCAAUCUUUCAGGUACCCCAGGCCAGGUAGAGCUUCAUAGGUAAAAAUCAUCACUUUGAAUUGAACCUAGAAGUAAACCAUCUGAGCUCUGGGGAGAUAUAAUCCUUGUAACUUGUAUGUUUUAACAGCCUUGAAACAAUUGAAGCUUCUGAACAGUCUUCAUAGACUGCCCGUAUAGAACAUAUUGAAGUAGUCCAGUCUUAAAUAUAAUCAUGAUAGAUCACUAGCAAAAUUACCUGUCAAGGAAGGCACUGGACUAAUUCCACCUAAAUUAGUAGAAAUUAAUUUUCAUUUAAGUAGUCUGUUUUUGGCUGGGUUUGAUCAUUUUAUAAAACGCUAGGAAUCACAGCACACUUGCCCUCCCCCCCAGCCCCAACACCAGUAGCAUAACCAUAAUUUUAUUUUCCUUGAAAUCAGUGACGGUGAGGGGGAAUGUGCUCAUCCAUUCUUUGGCUUUAGCUUGACUUCAGGCCCUUUUCUAACCUCUUGGUAUAGAGUCAUGCUCAGUGAUGAUUUAUUGAUCAUUGCUGUAGAUCAGGAAGGACUACUGGAGUUCUCAGACACUUCUGUUGAAAAGCUGGGUGCUACUGCUUAUGAAUUUUGAAUUGUCUUAAGUGAUAAGUAAUAUUCACAUUCCGUAUGCAUGGCAAGGUAAAUUCUCAUUGUAUGUGAAAAUACAUUGGAAUAUUUUUUACUGUAUGCUAAGUAAACAUACGUUGCUCAGA